AUGUCCAUCCCAAAAUUUGCUAGUUGGAAUGUCCGGGGCUUCAAUCACCCGGACAAGGUACGUUUCUGUAAGUCGCUCAUUCGUGAUCAUGCUCUCAAGUUACUCUGUGUUCUUGAAGCUAGAAUCUCUCUAGCUUCUAUGGAUGAUAAUUGGUUUUUAAAUUCUCAUUUGUUGUUUGAGAAUGAAGAAAGUCAUAAUAAUUUCAAGGAUUCCAAUCCAGGCAGGAUCUGGCUCAAAUGGGAUUCCUCUGUCAUCAAUUUUAGGCCCAUCCUUACCUCACCUCAACUUAUCCAUGGGGUUCUCUCUGCGGGAUCCUUCCCCCCCAUUUUACUUUAUGUUGUCUAUGCCUGCAAUAGUAUGGAUGAGAGAAGAAGCUUGUGGAAUCAAUUAAUUGAUCUUACACCACCUCUUGAUCAGCCGUGGAUUAUUAUGGGUGAUUUUAACUGUUGCCGCUUUGAUACUGAAAAAGUGGGUGGUACUUGCCUCUCGGAAAGCCGUUUGGGAGAAUUAAACAAUGUUGUUUUUAAAUGUGGUGUGCAAGACUUAUCAUCCACUGGUCUUUUUUAUACGUGGUGUAAUCAAAGGGUGGAUAACCCGAUCCACAUCAAACUGGAUAGAGUUUUGGUUAACUCUGCUUUACUUGACCACUUGCCUUUAGCUUACUACAAAGUGGAUGCUCCUCAAGGCUCAGAUCACUCCCCUCUUAUCUUUAAUCCCUCUCAUGACAAACCUAUAUCUGCUAGGUUCAAAUUUAAAAACUAUUGGACGGAUAUGGAGGGUUUCUGGGAUGAUGAGCUUCAACAUCAUCCUUUGGACAAUGAUCUGAAUAAUAGAUUAAAAAGUAUCAAUGGUAACCUGGCUUCUUUGCAAGCUCAUUGGUCCUCUUGGUUAACUCAAAGAGCCAAAACUUCUUGGCUUUCUCAAGGUGAAGAUGAUUUAAGCUUUCUUUUUGCCAAGAUUAGGCAUAGAAGCAAUAAAAGUUGUAUCAGAGAAAUAACCACUGAUGAAGGGCAUUUUACAUCUCAUGCUGAGGUUUCUAGGGCUAUUGUAAACCAUUUUAAAAAGCUCUACAACCCUACCUUUAAACCUGCAAUCUAUCACUCCAUCCCUGCUGGUCAGACUGUCCCCAUCCAUCUUUAUGACAUGUUGAUUGCAUCAGUUUCUUUUGAUGAGGUCAAGAAGGCUGUUUUUGAGGGAAGUGUUUCAUCUACACCGGGCCCUGAUGGUUUCUCAUUUGGUUUUUAUAGUAAAGCUUGGCAUUUGAUCGGUUUUCAAGUUUUCAAAGCUGUGAGUUAUUUCUUCACCUCUGGUUCAUUCCCUAAAAGAAUGAAAGCAAUGGCUAUUACUUUAAUUCCCAAAAACUCGCAUGCUACUCACAUAAAUGACUAUCGACCUAUAUCUCUUUGUAAUGUGUUUUAUAAAAUUAUUGCAAAGAUCCUUGCUAAUAGAUUGAAGAAGGUGUUACCUCUGAUCAUCCAUGAUAGCCAAUCUGGUUUUAUUGCUCAGCGGUGUUCCACUGAUUACAUUAUUCUUGCUUCUGAACUUUUAAGAGAUUUCAAGGGUUCUAGCAAAAAAUUCUGUGCUAAGCUUGACAUUAAAAAGGCAUUCGAUUGUGUCUCUAGAGAAUUCUUGAUUGACAGAUUGAUUCAAAAGGGGUUUUCGGAUAGAUUUGUAUCUUGGAUUAAAGGCUGUAUAUGGGAGAUUCAUUUUUCUGUUUGCUUAAACGGGAACCUGGAGGGGUUUUUUAACUCAUCUGCUGGAUUACGUCAGGGAUGCCCUCUAUCCCCCCUUUUAUUCUGCAUUGUAAUGGACGGUCUUUCUCAAACUCUCAACCUUCCUUACAUCAACUCUGGUUUUAAGGGGAUUCAAUGCAGUAAUUUUCAUGUGAAUCAUCUCAUGUAUGCUGACGAUCUACUUGUCUUUGGAACUGCCACCACUGAAAAUGCUCAGGCUCUCUCUAAUUGCUUGCUUCUUUUUGGGUCUUGCUUCGUCCUUUUCAUCAAUACCUCCAAGAGUUCUAUCCUUUUCUCUAAAUCUGUUUCUGAGGUGUUCCAGAUUUGCGAAAUUUUGGGGAUACAUCAAGUUAUUGAAUCUUUCAUCUACCUCGGCCUUCCUAUUUCUCCUAAACGCCUCAAAAUUUCUCACUUCCAACCACUCCUGAGCAGGCUUUCUGCUCUACUUGAUGGUUGGAAAAUUAAGUUUCUUUCUUUUGCAGGCAGGGUGCAGUUUCUCAAGUUUACUAUUAUCAAUACUAUAGCCUAUUGGAUUCGCGGAGCUAUUAUACCUAAAUCUUGCUGUGGCGACAUCAAUAAACUAUGUUCCAGAUUCCUUUUCCAUAGCAAUAUUCAUGAGAAGAAACUUCACCUUAUUGCUUGGUCCAAAGUCACCUUACCUAAAUGUUUUGGAGGUCUUGGUAUACCUUCAAUUGAGGCUCUUUAUCAUGGCACUUUCUGUUCUCUCAUCAGCAGAUACGCCUGUUAUACUUGGAUGGCUGUCAUUGGAAAGCUCAAAACAGCAGAUAAUUUAAUGUUUAGAGGCAUUGCUGUUCCUCCUACAUGCUCUCUCUGCACGGUUUAUCCGGAAAACCACAAUCAUCUCUUCUUUGAUUAUUUACAUACUACUCUUGGUAAUGUUUUUUGGGGACAGUGGCUAUCCCAUAUUUAUGGACCCUUCCUGAAGGUUUACGAUGAUCAUUAUUCUGUUUUGAGGGUCUUUGAUGGUGAAAAAUUACAAUCCGACGAUGAUGAGCAAGGCCAACUGCACCGUCUCAGGCCAUGGAUGGUCUUCACGGCAACCUGGCUUGAAUUUAUUUUGCUGAUUGCAGUUAUCUCUGCGAUGGCCGUCACGAGAAGAGGAGAGGUUUUGUGCUCUGUGUGCGUAUUAGAAGAGAAGGGGAGAUCGUGGGUUGAGUGCUGUGCGAAUUUUGGAACUGCCGAGAGAACUGAGUGGGGGAGCGGCAUGUGCGAUCUGGAGGGGAGUGAAUGGGAGUUCAGGAUUGAGAGAAACGUGGGAAAUUGGAGUGGCUUCGUGUAG